UACACAGACCAUCUUUCGCAAGACAUGAAGACAUUUAAGGCGGCUCCUCUCAUCUUUUUGCUGAUUUAUACCAGCAUUGGAUGGCCUACACAUUCAGUUUGCAAGAACAGCCAUUUGGAAAUAUACUACAUAAGCUGCGAUCCAUUGCAAGACUUUGCCUUUACACUUGACAGUUGUUCUGGACUGACCACAGGAAGUGUUAACAUCAGAGCCGCAACAGUUUUAAGGCACAGCAUCAGAGAACUAUUUGUAACUGUGAAUCUUUUCUUCAAUGGCAAAAGCAUCCCAAUUUUCUCUAGACAACUUUGUGAACAGAAUCAUCCAAACUUGAGUUUCUGUGGAAAGAAGAAAGGAGAACAUGUCUACUACGAAGGGCCUGUUUCAUUCAGAAGCUACGAUAUCCCCCACGGAGACUUUAACGUAACAGUGGAGCUAUUUAACGGAGACCAACACACUAUUGUUUGUACUAAUUUUACCAUUCUGAGCCGCUGAGAGUUUUUAAAGUCCUUCAUCACCAUGGUUAAAAGCAUCAUGAACUGAAAGUUUGUUUUUAGAGAAAAUACGGAACGUGUUACAAAAUGUACUGUGAAAUAACAGGACACAAAGGUUUAAAGGUGCAAUUUACUGCUUAUGUUCUGUUGCUUUUAAGGAAGUUGUAAAAUGUUUGUGUGCAUGCACCCAUGUGUGUGUGUGCGUCAAAUUUAUUCCUCUGGGUUCACUAGUUUCAUGACACUCUACUUCUUUUGAUUCGAUGCUUUGUUUUGACUCAGCAGAGGGGCAAGAUCAUUAACAGUCAUGAUUCUUACAGAGAGGGCACGCAGGGAGCAAACACCUAGGUUUGUUCUGGAAGCAAACCUUAGUGUCUCUUUAUUAGGUCCUGACUAGACAUGGGCAUGAACAGCAUUACGAACAGGAAAAACCCACAAACAGCCCAAUCUGCUGUUCAUGAACAAGCUGUUCUUGAGGUCCCAUCCUAAACGAACAAGUGGUCGUUGCAAGCCUCGUUCGUUGCCUUCGUCAGCCCGUCAAGCCAGGCAGUCUGGCACCUGCAAUCAAUUCCCUUGGCAACCAGAGGCAGGGACUAAACUCUGUCUGAACUCCUUCUGGCUUUAACCCUUCAAAGUACUUCCAGCAGAGAGUCCUAUUUUUGCCACUGUGAAGAGGAAAAGACAGCCAAGGGGGAGACCCGCGGAUCAUGUCUUUCCCGGGGUGCAAUCUCUCUGAAACUUGAGGGGUCUUCAGAGGACAGUGAGGACUAUGUCCCCUGCAAAUCUGGUCGGUAUUGGACAUUGGGAAGGUCAGUUUGUAACCCCUCAAACUAGCUGCCAGCAGACACUGCUGUUUUUGCCAGGACAGGGCCCUUUAAACUAUCAGCUGGCAGGCAGCAGGGGGGAAUCCCCCCCCCGCCGCCUGCCAGCUGAUAGUUUAAAGGGAUCUUUAAAGG